CCCGCAAACUUCUCAAACAACCAAACUCACAAAUCAUUGCAACAUAAGACACCAUCGAAACAGAUAAGAGCAAAAAAGAAAAAAAAAUAAAAAUGUCUAAACCCACAGGCUUAUUCUUAUUAGCUUUGCUCCUCUUCUUCUCCGUUUGCUCCGCCGGCCGUCGCACGCCCGCCGGCGAUCUCCCCAAAUCUCCGGGUAAUAUUGGGGAAGAAGAUGUUGGAGUGGAAGAAAGCUGCAAAGGAAUUGGGGAAGAUGAGUGCUUGAUGAGGAGAUCACUAAAUGCCCAUCUUGAUUAUAUUUACACCCAAAGCCAUAACCCUUAGAAUAUUUUAAUUUUAAUUUUUAUAUAAUUAUAUAUUUUCAUUUUUAAUUUUAAUUUGAUAAAUUGAACCAUAUGUGAAGUUUAUUCUUAGCUUUUUCUUCUUGGGUUCUCUCUCUCUCUCUCUAGAGCAAGAUCUGAGUAGUUUGCAGCACAGUGAUACUAUAUAUGUAUGUAUGAAUGUAUACAUGAGAUGAUCUUUAACAUCUUUUAAAUUUCUUGAAUUUCUUCA